CCACUUCUUCCUGCUUUCAUGAAGGAAAUAACGAACAUCGACAUGCAGGCUGAUGAACAGACAGAUGUAAGGAAUCACAGAAGAUGAUGGACUGAAGACUGAAGAAAAAAUAUCAACAUGUCCAGCAGAGAAAGCAGAGCUGUUGUUCACAGUUCUGCUCGCAGGAGAAGAUGGAGCAAAGAGACAGCACCCGACAUGAGUGAUCUGAGGAUUGUUCUUCUGGGGAAGAGCGUGUCAGAAAACAGUUUAGUGGGAAACUUCCUGUUGGGACGAGCAGCGUUUGACAGUGAAGCUCCUCCAGAUGUUGUAGAGAGAGUCGGAGGAAGAUUGAAGGACAGACACGUGAUGGUCAUCAACAGUCCUCAGCUGCUCCAGACAAACAUCUCAGAUCAUCAGAUCACACAGACAGUGAGAGAGUGUGUGAAUCUGUCUGAUCCAGGACCUCAUGUGAUCAUUCUGCUCCUCAAACAUGAUCAGUGUUCAGCAGAAGAUCAGGAGUGUGUGCAGAAGGUGCUGGACUCUUUCUCUGAGUGCGUUUAUCAACACACCAUGGUGCUCACCACACAAGAGCCCACUGAAACCAAUGACAUCCUACAGAAGAUCAUUCAGAAAUGCUUCAACAGACACUUCAGUCUUCAGAGAAGCAGCUCUCCUGAUGAUCUUCUGCAGAUGUUUGAGGACAUUGUGACAAUUAAUGAUGGACGACACCUGGUUUGUGCAGAAGGUUCACAGUAUUUCACAAUGGAGCAACAAGCCACAGAAAGACUUUCAGAGUGUUUGAAGCUGAAUCUGGUUGUGUGUGGGAGUGAUGGGACAUUAAAAUCCUCCAUAUCAGAGCUGAUCCUGAGAGACGUGGAGCUUCAUGGACGUCAGAUCAGUCUGGUGGAUCUUCCAGCUCUGUUCAACACUCGUCUCUCAGAGGAGGAAGUGAUGCGUCAGACUCUCUGCUGUGUGUCUCUCUGUCAUCCUGGAGUUCAUGUUUUCCUCCUCAUUGUUCCUGAUGCUCCCCUCAAUAAUGAAGAUAAAGCAGAAAUGGAGGAGAUCCAGAGGAUCUUCAGCUCCAGAAUCAACAAACACAUGAUGAUCCUCAUAAUACAGAGUUCAGAGCAUCAGACAGCAGAACUUAAUGAAGAAACACAGUCUGUCAUUGAGAGUUUUGGAGGACGACAUCAUUUCUUUGGUCCCAACACACAAGUGUCCACAUUGAUGGAGAACAUUGAGAAGAUGCUGGAAGAAAACAGAGGAGAGUUUUACUCCACAGAGACAUUUCUGGAGGCGCAGAUGAAAAAACUGAUGAAAUAUAAAGAGAUGAAGAAGAAAAUUCAUUCACUGGAGACACAUUUACUGACUCAAGGUUCAAGAGAAAACACAGAUGAAGUGAGGAUUGUGCUGCUGGGAAAAACUGGAGUUGGGAAAAGUGCAACUGGAAACACAAUCUUAGGAAGAAACGCGUUUACAGCAGAAACAUCUCAAGAGUCAGUGACUAAAGAGAGUCGGAGAGAAACAUCUGAAAUCAACGGCCGACACAUUACUGUGAUCGACACUCCAGGACUGUUUGAUACUGAACUGAGUAAUGAGGAGAUCCAGAGAGAAAUCAGACACUGCAUCUCCAUGAUCCUGCCUGGACCACAUGUGUUCAUCAUUGUGCUCAAUUUAGGACAACGAUUCAUUAAAGAAGAAGCAACAUCAGUGAAGAUCAUCCAAGAGACGUUCGGUGAGAAAUCUCUAAUGUACACCAUGGUGCUCUUCACCAGAGGAGAUGAUCUGAAGAACAAAACCAUUGAACAGUGUUUGGGAAAACCUGGAUCUCCUUUGAUGAAUCUGAUUGAAGCAUGCGGAAACAGAUUCCAUGUGUUCAAUAAUAAUCAGACUGGAGACCGAACACAGGUGUCUGAUCUACUGGAGAAGAUAGACAACAUGGUGACAGCGAACGGAGGGAGUUUCUACUCAUGUAAGAUGUUCAGAGAGAUGGAGAGAGAAAAACAAGAACAACAGAUGAAGAUCCUGAUGGACAGAGACAGAGAAAGAGAAGAGGUGAUGAAGAAACUAGAAGAGAUUAGACGAGAACGAGAGACAUUUAAAAAUGAAAUUGAUCAACUAAAGCAAGAAAAAGAGAAAAUAAAAACAGAAAAAGAGAAACUUCAGAUCAAAUAUGACACAGAAAUAGAAAGACUGAGGAACAGAAUAGAAAAUGAAAGACAGAAUCAUGAAACAGAGAGAAAGAAAUGGGAAGAAGAGUUUGAUGAGCGAGAAGAACGACAAAAAACAUUUAUGAAAGAGAAGGAAGAGAGAGAGGAGAAGAUGUGUGAGAUGAAGAGAGAACGAGAGGAAUGGGAGAAACAGAAACUAGAGGAAAAGAGAAGAAGAGAAGAUGAGGAUGAGAAAAGAAGGCAUGAAUUUAAUCAGAGACUGAAAGAAGAGAGAGAGAGAAUGAAAAGAGAGAAAAAAGAUCUUCAAUCUAAACAUGACAAAGAAGAAAAGAAGAUGAAGAUCCUGAUGGAGAAUCUGAACAGAGAAAGAGAAGAACUGAUGAAGAAACAUGUGGAAGAGAAAGAGAGAAUGAAGAUGAUGAUGGAGGAAGAACGACAGAAUCAGGACAAAGAGAGAAAGAGAAGAGAAGAAGAACUCAAAGGAGAAAUAAGAGAAGAAGAGAAACAUCAGAGAGAGAUACGAGAUGAGAUGAGACGAGAACGAGAGACUUUCAGACAUGAAAUAGAAGAAAUGAAGAAAGAAAAGGAGAAUAUGAAGAAAGAAAAAGAAAAUCUUAAGAUCACAUACAACACAGAAAUAGACAGACUGAUGAACAGAAUAGAGAAUGAACGGCAGAAUCAUGACAAAGAGAAAAAGAGAAGAGAAGAAGAGUUUAGUGAGAGAGAAGAACAAUAUAAAAGAGAAGUGAAGGAAAAAGAAGAACUGUUAAAGAAACAUGAAGAAGAGAAAGAUAGACUGAAGAUGACGAUGGAGGAAGAACGACAGAAUCAGGACAAACAGAGAAAGAGAAGAGAAGAAGAAUUCAGAGAGAGAGAAGAACGAUAUAAGAGAAUAAUUAAAGACAGAGAGGAAAGAGAGAAUAAAAUGAUUGAACAGAUGAAACUGGAGCGAAUGCAGUGGGAGAAACAGAAACAAGAGGAAAGACAGAAAAGAGAAGAAGAGAAGAAGAAACAAGAAGAAGAACAGAAAUCUGAACAAAGUCCAGUUAGUGAUCAGAGGAAGAUGUCAAGUCCACAGCAAAGAAUUCCCAUUAACAUCCAGGAUAUUCCUGUGGCUGAUCAUUUAUUGAGACGGAUUGUUCUUCUGGGUAAAAGUGGAGUUGGGAUGAGUGCAGCUGGAAACACAAUCCUGGGGCAGAAUGAGUUUAAAUCUGUGAGGAGUACGAGUUCAGUAACCAGUGAAUGUUCAGAAGCUCAUGUCACUGUUUCAGGCAGAUCUGUGUCUGUAGUUGAUACUCCUGGAUUCGUUGACACACAGAUCAAACCUGAAUAUUUAGUGACAGGGAUGGCGAGAAGUGUUUAUAUAUCCAGUCCUGGACCUCACGCUUUUCUCAUUGUGUUUGAUGUGAAUAUGAGAUUCUCUGAACAGGAACAACAGAUUCCUGAGAUGAUUAAGAUGAUGUUUGGUCAGGAGGUGUUAAAAUACUCCAUCAUUCUCUUCACUCAUGGAGAUCAGAUUGAAGGAGAGUCUGUAGAGGAACUCAUUGAGGAGAACAGUGCAUUAAGUCAUCUAGUUGAUCAGUGUGGAGGCAGAUAUCACGUCUUCAACAAUAAAGAUCAGAGAAACAGAGAGCAGGUGAAUGAUCUACUGCAGAAGAUUGACACAAUGAUAGAGCAGAAUGGAGGAGGAUACUACAGUACUGAGAUGUUUGAAGAGGUUCAGAGAUUCAGAUGUGAGGAAGAAGAGAGGAGACAAGAAGUGGAGAAACAAAUACAAGAGGAGAUUGAGAGAUUGAGAAAAGAGAGAGAGGAGAAAAUCAGAGCAGAGAUGAGAGCUGAAUAUGAAAGUCUUGAAUCAGAGAGACAGAGAGAGGAGAGAAAACAACAAAAUCUGAAUUGUGUCUGUAGUUGAUUCUGCUGGAUCUGACAGAGAUAAUGAAGAGUGUGUAUUUAUCCAGUCCUGAACCACACACUUUUACUCAUUGUGUUUAAUGCAAAUAUGAGGAUAACUGAUCAGGAAGAGAAGAUUCCUCAGAUGAUUGAGGAGGAUCUGAAGAAAAUGUGAGUGGAGAUUAAGGUGCUAAACUGUUUCUACAGUGAAUAUGCGACUUAAAGAAAGCAAAUCCCUAAAUCAACAAUGUUCUUCUGCUGAAAUACAGCUGUUUUUAUUUGGCUGUACAGUUGAUGGAGAUCUAUAAAUCAUUUCUAGGAUUGUCUACACAGUUAACAUAGUGAUACUUGUUCACUAGAUGCCCAUCUUCAGUAUAUAUCACUGUCAUUUAUAUAACAGCUGGAAAUGAACAUAUACACACAUUUGAUACAGCUGAAACAUAUAUGAAAUAUAAAUGUACAUUUUAAACUGUGAUUUUGACAUUUGUUGAAUAAAGUCAGCUGUUUAA